AUGACCGCCAUCGUCUCGGACUCUGUGAAUCUGACUCACGAGCACACUGACAAGCAGGGAGCACAGGGACCUUGCGGAGUCUUCCAGAGCUCGGCCGCAGAUAGGCAGAGAGUGCUCCGAAAGAUCGAUGUCGCUGUGGCAACAUGUCUGUCAGCUGUAUAUCUGACCCAAUAUCUUGACAAAACAGCUUUGCGUUAUGCGACCGUGCUUGAUCUGCCCAUCGUCGGCCAGCAGUACAAUCUCGUGGCUCUCAGUUUCCAUCUCGGCUACAUUCUGUGGGUCUUUCCAACACAGAUCAUCGCUCGGCGUUUCCCCUUGCCGCUAUAUCUGGGCGGCAAUCUCAUCGUCUGGGGCAUCGUUUUGGCCCUUCUGUCUAUCGCGAGAUCUUUUGUCGCCUUUUUCUUAUGUCGGAUGCUGCUGGGAGCCCUCGAAUCGUGUGUCUCGCCCCUGCUCAUUAUUGUUGUCUCCAACUUUUACACGAGCUCAGAGAAGGCGAAGCGGAUCGCUGUCUUCUACUCAAUGGAUGGCCUAACGCAAGUUCUCGGCGGUUUGCUUGCAUAUGCACUUUCAUAUACCCACAAUAACAAGCUCAAGAGCUACAUGCUUCUCUUCAUCUUGCUUGGCAUCUUCGCUGUCUUGGUCGGGCUGAUCGUCACGCUAUACCUGCCCGAGGCCCCCCAUCUUUGGUCGUCUGCUGCACCCGAAGAUAAAUUCAUCGCCAUGGAGAGAGUUUCUCUGGAGCAGACCAGCCGCAAGGUCGAUGGCAACCAGCGCGAACAGAUGCUGGAAGCCUGCUACGAUAUCAAAAUCUGGCUACUCUGCUUGAUGAGCUUGCUUGGAGCUCUGCCCAGCUCUGCGCUCGUGUCAUUUUCGACCAUUUUCAUGGGCACAUACGGCUACAGCGAUCGUACAGUCUUGCUCUUGUCCGGUCCGAUGGGUCUGCUGGCGUCCGCAAUGACCUUGAUCGUUUGCACGCUAUCUGAUCGCAGACAAGAUCGUUCGCGGCCAAUUAUAUUGGCAAUAGCACCCUCAGUAGUGGGCUGGAUAGUCCUCUUGGCGGCAUCAGAUGGCCCAAGGAUGCUAUCCCUAUUAGGCCUGUAUCUAGCUGGCAUUGCCUCUUCGAGCCCUGCCAUCAUCUUCUCGUGGAUAGCUGCCAACGUGGCGGGGUCCACCAAGAAGGCUUUCGCCGGUGCAGCAGUCAUGUUCUCUGCGGCACUGGGCAGCCUGGCGGGAACAGAAAUCUUUGAAGACGGUCGCAGUUUCAUGCCCGGCAAAUUGCUCUGCUUGAUCGUGCUGGUCAUCGAGAUGACACUCAGCUUGAUUCUUAGACGCCUGACGUUGGCAGCGCAACAGCGGAAGGCCGCUCUGCUUACAUUACGAGCCGCGAAGUUGACGCAGGUCGAGAUGGCGGCAGAGGCAGCCAAGGCAGCGUCUUCGGAUUUGACAGACAAGCAGAACCCUUAUUUUGCGUACACGGCCUGA